AUGGAUAUAUACGUGGCGGGCGCGUUGGCUGCCUUUACGGUAGAUAUGCUCAUAUACCCGUUCGACACUCUCAAAACAAGACGACAGAGCCAGGAUUACCUCAAGAGCUACGCACAAGCCGGCAAGAAUAGCGCACUGGCUUUGCGAGGACUAUACCAGGGAAUUGGAAGCGUCGUUCUGGCCACCUUGCCCGCUGCCGGUGUCUUCUUUUCUACGUACGAACUGUUCAAGACGACAAUUUCGAAGUCGUCAUUAGUACCUUUGCCAGUGGUGCAUUCUGUCGCCUCUGCUACCGCGGAGGCGGCCUCUUGCUUGGUCCUUACACCUGCAGAGCUGAUCAAGCAACAUGCACAGAUGAUACGGUCGCAAGGCGGUGACAAGACGCGAUCAACAUCUCUACAAGCGUUUCGGGGACUGUACGAAGCCGGCGUUGGACGGCGACUUUUCACGGGCUACACGGCGCUUCUCGCACGGAACUUGCCAUUGACGGCAAUGCAGUUUCCCAUCUUUGAGCACUUGCGUGCAAAGAUAUGGGCGACUAGGCCGCGACGAGAGCCAGGACACCAGCGGAUCCUGGAGACGGGGGUUAUCGCGGGGGCGAGCGCAGCGACGGCGGGAGCCCUUGCGGCGUUCAUCACGGCGCCCAGCGACGUGGUCAAGACACGGAUGAUGCUCCUGACGGGCCGCAGCAACGGCGCGGACACCCUCUACAGAGGUGGGCGAGAUCAGAUGGCAGCGGAACAGCAGCCUUGGCGGGUGGCAAGACAAAUUUAUGCCGAAAGCGGGACGAAAGGGCUGUUCCGAGGAGGUGGCUUGCGCUCAACGUGGACGGCGGUUGGCAGCGGGCUGUAUCUCGGGACGUACGACGCCGCCAAGCUUUGGUUGACUGGCGGCAAGGACGCAGAUACGAAAUCUAGAUAG